UGGCGGUGUUGGCCUCCACCUCAGGGUCGGACCAGCUACGCCGGCUCGCCUAGCCCGUCACGGGCUCCUUCCCCGGUGGUGUGGUGUCCCUCUCUUUCUUCUCUUCCGCCCCUCUCACUGAACGCGAACCAGAGCCCGCCUGCGCGACACGAAGCCAGGCGCGAGCUCGCCCGCCGCGAGAUGGUGUUUCACUAUUUCGGGCAGUACUUCUGCCUGCACUUUGAGGCCUUCCAGCUUGGGAUGGCACCAGUGUACAUGGCCUUCCUUCGUUUCAUGGGGGAUGAGAAUGAGGCAAGGAACUACAGUUACAGCCUCGAGGUCGGUGCCAAUGGCAAGAAGAUGGUAUGGGAGGGCACCCCCAGGAGCGUCUGGGACAGCCACCGGAAGGUGCGGGACAGCUAUGACAGCCUCGAGAAACAUGGCAUUGUUCUUCUCAGGGGGCGACCGGAAGGAGCUGAAGCUGAUGAUCACCGGCCGGAUCUGGAAGAAGCAACAGACACCGGAUGGUGCCUGCGUACCAAUUCUCACAAUAUUCAAAAAAAGGAUUUAAUAUCAUUUGACUGGAUAUCGGCCGUCAUGUUGCCGUACCCUACUGUUUUCGUAUGGUCUGAGGCGAUUGAUACGUCUCCAACGUAUCUAUAAUUUCUUAUGUUAGAUGCUAGUUUUAUGAUAAUACCUACAUGUUUUAUUCACACUUUAUAAUGUUUUUAUACAUUUUCUGGGACUAACCUAUUAACAAGAUGCCACAGUGCCAGUUCCUGUUUUCUGCUGUUUUUUAUUUCAGAAAAGCUAGUUUACAAAUAUUCUCGAAAUUGGACGAAACAAAAGCCCACGGCCCUAUUUUCCACGGAGUGUUCUAGAAGACCGAAGAAGAGUCGAGGAAGGCCAGUAGGGGCCCACACCAUAGGGCGACGCGGCAGUGGGCCCCCCGCACCGACAUAUGGGGAGGGAGCCCCCUGGCUCCCCCGACGCUGCCCCUUCGCCUAUUUAUUCCUUCGUCCCCGAAAACCCUAGGACGGAGAUCCAAAAUACCAGAACAGUUCCAGAGACGCCGCCGCCAUCAACCCUAUCUCGGGGGGUUCAGAAGAUCUCCUCCGGCACCCUGCCGGAGAGGGGAAUCAUCACCGGAGGGCUCUACAUCACCAUGCCCGCCUCCGGACUGAUGCGUGAGUAGUUCAUCCUUGGACUACGGAUCCAUAGCAGUAGCUAGAUGGUUGUCUUCUCCUCUUGUGCUAACAUGUUUAGAUCUUGUGAGCUACCUAUCAUGAUCAAGAUCAUCUAUUUGUAAUGCUACAUGUUGUGUUUGUUGGGAUCCGAUGAAUAUGGAAUACUAUGUCAAGUUGAUUAUUGAUCUAUCAUAUAUGUGUUAUUUAUGAUCU